AUGGUGAGGCAGACAGAGACGAAUGGGGAUCAGCCAGAUCUUUUGGGAAACCGCAAACAACCGCGGCCAGUCAUGAAAAGCCUCGGUACAACGGCGAUGGCACGAAAAUGGAGGAAGGUACUUGGAAGGGCAUACACACGCAGAAAGCCUGGUUCUGUGAUUGAUGGUUACCUUCCCAGAUGCCAGUUCGACCAGGGAACAUCUGAUGGGCACUGCGCACAUACAUGGAAAGCCG